GCACCUUCCCCUCUAGCAUGGCCCUUGACGGACUCAUUAUCCUUGACACUACAGGACGUCCCAUCGUGCAGUCCGGCUUCCACUCCUUCCCGCCGGCUUACUCCCUUCUCCAUAUCGAUGCUGUGAAUACUGCACUUGCAAGUGCCAAGCGUCCGAGCGACGUGGAUCCUGUCAUAUACGUUCAAGGCCUUAACCUGGAGAGUCCCAGCGCGUGCUGCUAUAUGAAACGUGGGGAGCUGAGGUAUCUUUGUCCCGUGAGCGGAGAUGUGGACCCUUUAUACGCGUUUGCGUUCUUACAGACCUUCGUCGACAUCCUUCACGAAUACUUCGGGCAUCUGUCUGCUGAGACUCUGAAAGACAACUUUGACAUAGUGUAUCAGUUGCUUGAAGAAACUCUUGAUUCCGGAGGUCACCCCCUUACCACCUCUCCCAAUGCUCUCCGUGACAUAGUUCUCCCACCUUCACUUCUCCACAAGGUGCUCUCAGUGGCCGGUGUCUCCGGUCUGGCCAGCUCCACCGCAACAUCGCAUCCGUUCGCGUCGCCCAUCCCAUGGCGGAAAGCUGGAGUACGCUACAACAACAAUGAGAUUUACUUCGAUGUUGUGGAGACACUUGAGGCGAUAGUGAACAAGAAUGGGACACCAGCAGUGAGCACUGUAUGGGGGCGUGUCGACUCGAAUUGCAAGCUGUCGGGCACGCCGGACUUGCUGCUCACGUUUUCGAACGCGCAAUCACUGCUCGAUUGCUCGUUCCACCCUUGCGUUCGCCUGCAGAGAUGGUCACGCGACAAGGUGCUCUCCUUCGUGCCACCAGACGGCAAGUUCAAGCUUAUGGACUACCGCUAUGCCCCCGCGACGGCCAGCGCCGUUGCGCAGACCUCGAUACCCUUUAUGCUACGUCCCACCGUCCAGAUCGACGAGCACGGAGGAUCCGUGGACCUGACACUCAGUUCGCGCCUGACCACACGGUCGAUGGAGAACGUGUUUGUAGAGUUGUACUUGGGCGACGGCGCGUCUGGCGCGAGCUGCACUGCGUCCCAUGGCGCGUCCUGGUCGUACAGUCCGAAGACGCAGACGUUGGUGUGGGAGCUGAAGCAGGUUGUCCCGUCAGCGAACUACAAUAUCCGUGGUACCUUUUCCUCAACAGCGGAACACCCACGACCAUCUCGUGCCUUCCGUGUGCGCUUCGAAGUACCCCAGUACAAUUACUCCGCCAUCAAAAUCGAGCAACUCAAGCUCACUGGGGAGGUCUAUAAGCCGUACAAAGGCAUGCGGGGCAGCUCGCUAGGUAACAUAGAGUGGAGAUGGUAGUCAUCAUUAGCCUUGCAUGUACAUGUAUACUCCUCAGAUUCCCGGAUGUCGCCCGUCGCGCGUGUGGGUCAGUGUGUAGACCCCAAGCCAAAUUAAGUGUACUUUUGGACUCUAUACGACUAUAUGUGAGUAAAAAGAUGCACGACAGAAUGCAAGCGAGCGAUCCCCGAUGAGCGAUCCAACCUCCGCAGCAAAUCCCGACAGAAGCUCACUGCCCUCCUCCGGCCUUGUCCAACGACUCAAAGCGGUUGCCGAGGGGCGUUGGCCCUAACGAUCGUCUCGUACACAUGGGUAACCUUCUGCCAGUCGACGACCGACCAGAAACGCUUCAUAUACUCCUCCUUGCCCCACACGCCGUACCCCGCGCUGAUCCACGCACGCUCGUGUACGGACACGCAGAAGAGCGGGAAGAGCGUCUCCGCGGUCUUCUUCCCGUCCCGCUCGGUCGCGUUCAGCGUCUUGUCGACGUCUUCGUAGGUGCCUCGUGGGCGCGCCCACGCCGACAUCGUCCGGUUGUGCCCAUGCGGGUCGAGCCCAGGGGCCCCGUGCGCGACACCUGACAACGGGGAGCUCGCUGCAGGGGGAGGCGAGGACGAAGCGCCUGCAGUGGGUCCGGGCGCAGGCUCGUGGGAGGGGUAAGGGAACACGUCCUCAGGUAAGGACUGGAAGAUGGGCUCGCCGACGAUGCGCUGCCACUCCUCGAACGCGGGGGACGGUUUGGAGGAGCGGACGAGGAGGGUGCCGGCGCCGAAGGUGGGGACGAUGCCGAGCUGGCCGUUCUGGUCCGUGACGAGCCAAAUGUAACCGGAGGAGAACAUGCCGAGGACGGCGGCGCUGAAGUUGGACUUGAAGUGCGUGAGGGAGCCGUAGUCGAAACUGAUGCGGCGAGAGAGGGACUUCCUGUCUGAAGGGUUGACAUGGAGCGCGGCUUCGUGGGAGGACGCGUCCGCAGGAGGGGGUUUAAGGUUUUCAAGGAAGAACGAGUUGUUCAGAGCCUCCGAUGCAUAGUUGAACUCCAAUACCUUAUUAGGGUCUCGGGCGGAGUCAAUGAUAGUCUGGACUAUGCUCUUAUUCUCCAGAGAGGUACCUCGGAUUUGGUCAUUCAAUCUAUCUAAGAGCCCCUGCUGGUAGUCCUCCGCAAUCAUCUUGAGUGAGUGGGGAGGGAGGAACGACCCUAAGCCCUCCUCGACCGGAUACGAGAGCUGCUUCCGUUGAUGGAGCGCUCUUGACUGAAUGCGACAUGAGCGAGGGGCUGCACGCGCCGCACGCGAGGUGCUGGCCGCGACGCGAAGACCAAAGCUGGACAUUGUGCCGCGUCAGUGAGGACAACAAAGGCGGGAGUUGGGACAGGGCCGGGAGCACGCGAGACACGAGAC